CUCUCACACACACACACACACACACACACACCUACUUUCUGUUGCAGUCCUCCCAUUUGCCUUCAUUUCCUACCACCAGUCCAUGUCGGUGUCUCUGCGGAGCGCUAGGUUCAGGCUAUGCCGCCGUUAACGUUACCGCCAGCGCCUCACCCACCCGGACUUUACCUGCUUCCCUCAGACCUAACGACCGCUCGAGCUUAGAGCGCGAAUAUGAGAAGGGUUCGCCGAAAGCUGUCAUGAGGCUGGGCGGCUGAUUUGGGAAUCCCGCUGUGCAGGAGCAGCAGCAGCACCACCAGCACUAUGACUGUCUUCAACCAAGAGAAUGUGGAGGAUUACUACGAGAUAGGAGACGAGCUUGGAAGUGGUCAGUUUGCUGUGGUGAGGAAAUGCCGCAAGAAAAGCACAGGCCUGGAGUACGCAGCCAAAUUCAUCAAGAAGCGGCGGAGCAAGUCCAGUCGCCGUGGGGUCUCGAAGGAUGACAUAGAGAGGGAAGUGAGCAUCCUGAAGGAGAUUAAACACCCCAACGUCAUCACUCUGCAUGAUGUGUUUGAAAACAAGCAUGAGGUCAUUCUCAUCUUGGAGCUUGUGGCGGGUGGAGAGCUGUUCGACUUCUUGGCCGAGAAGGAGUCUCUCAGCGAGGAGGAGGCCACAGAGUUCCUCAAGCAGAUCUUGGAUGGCGUCAACUACCUGCACUCCAAACAUAUUGCUCACUUUGACCUGAAGCCAGAGAACAUCAUGCUGCUGAACCGGAGCAUGCCUCACCCUCGCAUUAAGCUCAUCGACUUCGGCCUGGCCCACAAGAUCGAUUUUAGCAACGAUUUCAAAAACAUCUUUGGCACUCCCGAAUUUGUAGCUCCAGAAGUAGUAAACUAUGAGCCCCUGGGACUGGAGGCAGACAUGUGGAGUGUUGGAGUGAUAACUUAUAUAUUGCUGAGUGGUGCUUCUCCGUUCCUGGGUGAGAACAAGCAGGAGACGCUGGCCAACGUAUCAGCGGUGGACUAUGAAUUUGACGAGGAAUAUUUCAGCAACACCAGCGCUCUGGCCAAAGACUUCAUCAUGCGGCUUCUCGUCAAAGACCCAAAAAAAAGAAUGACGAUCCAGGACAGCCUGCAUCAUCCCUGGAUCAAGCCAAAGGACACACAGCAGGCACUUAGUCGCAAGGAGUCUGCAGUGAACAUGGAGAAAUUCAAGAAAUUUGCAGCCCGGAGAAAGUGGAAGCAAUCGGUGCGUCUGAUCUCUCUGUGUAACCGGCUGUCCCGCUCCUUCCUGUCCAGAAGCAACAUCAGUGUGGCACGCAGUGAUGACACUCUGGACGAGGAAGAUUCGUUUGUGAUGAAGGCCAUCAUCCACGCAAUCAAUGACGACAACGUUCCAGGUCUGAAGCACCUCCUGGGAUCUCUAACAAGCUAUGACAUCAACCAGCCCAACAAGCAUGGAACGCCUCCACUCCUCAUCGCUGCCGGCUGUGGAAAUGUACAGAUCAUUGAUGUGUUGAUGAGGAAAGGAGCUGAGAUCCAGGCUCUUGACAAGUCUGGAGCCAACGCUAUCUACUACGCCUCCCGCCACGGCCACGUGGAGACACUGAAAUAUCUCCAUGAAAAGAAGUGCCCUCUGGACGUCCAAGAUAAGUCAGGUGAGACGGCUCUGCAUGUAGCUGCUCGCUAUGGCAAUGUGGAUGUGGUCCAAUACCUCUGCAGUAUUCACGCCAACCCUGACCUGACUGACCGGGAGCAGGAGACUCCUCUGCACUGUGCUGCAUGGCACGGGUACUCGCCGGUGGCUCGGGCUCUGUGUGAGGCCGGCUGUGACGUGAACGCCCGAAAUCGUGAGGGCGAGAGCCCACUGCUGACUGCCUCGGCUCGCGGCUUUAGAGACAUCGUUGAGUGCCUGCUGGAACAUGGGGCCGACAUGGAUUCCACUGAUAAGGAUGGCCACAUUGCUCUGCACUUGGCUGUGAGGAGGUGUCAGAUUGAGGUGGUGAAAUGCCUGCUCAGCCACCACUGUUACGUCGACCACCAAGACCGGCAUGGCAACACGCCACUGCACAUCGCCUGUAAAGAUGGCAACCUGCCAGUCAUCUCGCUGCUCAGCACUGCUAAAGCCAACCUGGACAUCCCAAACAAGUUUGGGAGGACGGCUCUCCACGUGGCAGCAAGUAACGGGGGUGUGGAGGUGGUGCGGCAUCUCUGCGUAGCUGGAGCCAACACGGAGGCCAUCACUAACGAUGGAAAGACUGCAGAGGAUCUGGCAACUGCAGAGCAACAAGAACAUAUAGCAGUGCUGUUGGCCAAACUGAAAAAGGACAACCACAAGGGAAGCUACAUCCAGCAGCUGCGGCCCACACAGUCCCCUCAGCCACGGAUCAAGCUGAAGCUGUUUGGACACUCCGGGGCAGGGAAAAGUACACUGCUGGAGUCUCUGAAGUGCGGCAUCUUGAGGAGCUUCUUUAGGCGUAGGAGGCCCAGACUCACCAACCCUGUCAGACACCCGGCUUCUCCAGCUACCUCCAAACCUGCAGUAUCUGUGAGUAUUACUAACUUGUAUCCAGGCUGUGAGAAUGUGAGCGUGAGGAGCCGCAGUAUGAUGUUUGAGCCCAGUCUGACUAAAGGAGUGCUGGAGGUCUUCACGCCUGUACACAACGCACUGUCCACGACCGACGACACAGCCACCAAAGCCAUGGAAAUCCACAUAGCCAACGUCAAUGGUGUGGGGGACUUCAGUGUGUGGGAGUUUUCUGGUAACCCAGUCUAUCACUGCACUUAUGACUACUUUGCGGCCAACGACAGCACAGCCAUCCACCUGGUGCUGUUCAGCCUGGAGGAGCCGUACGAGACUCAGCUCAGCCACAUCACCUUCUGGCUCAACUGUCUUAAGGCUCUCACCCUGCCUGAGGACAACAUCGCGUUUGGAGGGAAGAUAAGAAAUCCUCUUCAAGUGGUUCUUGUGGCCACUCACGCUGAUAUAGCCAACCUGCAUCGCUCGUUUGGUGGAGAGUUCAGCUACGAUAAGGAAAGGUGUCUACUGAAGGAGGUCCGAAACAGGUUUGGGAAUGACCUGCAGAUAGCUGACAAGCUCUUUAUAAUGGAUGCAGGAGCCUCCAACUCCAAAGACAUGAAGCUUCUAAGGAACCUGCUGUUAGAGCUGCGCAACUCCAUCAUCUCUAGCUGUAAGCCUACGACCCAACUGGCAGAGAAGCUUCUGUCCACUCUGCCCUCUUGGCGUAAAAUUAAUGGACCAAACCAGCUCAUGUCCUGGCAGCAGUUUGUGGCAGAUGUACAAGACCAAAUCAACCCACUGGUCAGCGAGGAGGACCUGCGAGGACUAGCCUUACAGCUGCACAGCAUGGGGGAGAUCAACAUAAUGCAGAGUGAAACCGUGCAAGACGUGGUUCUCUUGGACCCUCGCUGGCUCUGUACCAAUGUUCUUGGCAAGCUCCUUUCCAUUGAAACUCCCAAAGCCAUCCACCAUUACCGUGGGCGCUACCGUCAGGAGGAGCUACAGACUCUCGUCUCUGAGGGAGAUGUGGACGAGCUUCUUCAGAUCCUGGAUGCUAUGGAUGUGUGUGCCCGGGACCUGGCCAACCCGGGCAUGGUGGACGUACCUGCUUUAAUCCGCACAGGUGGAUUGCAGCGCUCCUGGACAGACGAAGACGAUGAAGAAGUGCAGGACACUUUACUGUACGGUGGAGUCCGUAUAGUCCCGGCCGAGCACUUGACGCCAUUCCCUUGUGGCUUGUUCCACAAGCUUCAGGUAAACUUGUGCCGCUGGAGCAGACAACAGAGGCCUGAGGCUGAGGCAGAGGAGGUGAGGCUGUGGAGUGGUGGUGCUCGGUUAGGACUUGGUGGGGCAGAUGCCCUAGUGCUGCUAGUAAACCAUGGACAGGGUGUGGAGGUACAAAUCAGAGGUCCGGAAUCGGAACGUAGCCGUUGCUACGCUUUGUUGGACACGUUGUGUGGCAUGGCAGAGGGGCUAUUGUCUGCUACGCUACCAGGCUUGCUUACCGCCCGCCAUUACUUGAGCCCUCAACAGCUGCGAGAACAUCACGGUCCUAUCAUGCUUUACCAGCCUAGAGACUUCUUUAGAGCUCAGGCUCGUGGCGAGAACGCUUUAGCUAACACCAUGGGUGGCUAUCGCGAGAGCUUCAGCAGCAUCGUAACGCUAGGCCUCACCCAUGUCUUCAAACGGGGUAGCCUUGGCGGGGAUGUUCCAGUGGCUGAGGUCGGCCAUCUGGCCCGACGGAAGCUCUGCCGUAUGUUGGACCCUCCUGAUGCCCUUGGUAAGGACUGGUGUCUGCUAGCAAUGAACCUGGGCCUUAGUGAGUUAGCUGCUAAAUACAGCACAGGUACCAAUGGAACUCCCCCAGCAGACCCUUUCUCCGUACAAAGCCCCACUGCAGCACUGCUUCAAGAGUGGAGCCAACGUUCAGACUCUACCAUUGGUGUUCUGGUUGCUAAGCUACGAGAACUUGGCCGCCGCGAUGCUGCGGAUUUCCUCCUUAAAGCAGCGCCGGUGUUCCGGGUCAGCGUAGACAGUCUGGGAACACCACCAGAACCUUAUGGUCCAGUCUGCAACGGUGGUGGGACAUCUUACAACUCCAUCAGCUCUGUCAUCUCACGCUAGAGCUCCACCUACAGGCACGGAGGAGCAGUAUGUGCAAUUUAACCUGCAGAGUGUUGCUGACACUCAAGCUCCUUGUUACUCAAUACUGGAAAGAAAGACUGGAAGAUUGGAUACUUCAAACACAUCACAAAUCUUUCUACCCUGCUGUUUCUGAAUGUCUCGUUUCCUCUAAGGUUCCUCUUAGAUGGUGCCUACCUUAAGAAUGGUUUUUAUCUCAAUUUUGUUUUCGGUUCAGGUCAUCACAUCAUGGAAAAUUAAAACUUUCAUCCAGAAUAAUGAAUUUUGCCCUAAAUUUUGGAAUCUUUUAUAUGUUAAAUUAUCUAUUGUAAUAAUGUGGUUUAUACACAAUUUGAUGACACGAGGAUGGAAAGUUGAAUUCUUGGUCUCAUUAUUUUGAAGACACAGGUAACGAAUGGAUAAAGCAACUGAGUGCCUUUAAGAUGGUAAGCCAUUGUCAAUGAGCCAUCUUGGACAUGCCUAAAGCCCCUUACUAAAAUACGCAUAUAUAUAUGUCAGUAUUUACAUUGCUGCCCUUCAGCAAAUCCUUGUAAACCUACCUGCUUAUAAGAUGGAGAGAUUUUUUACUGCUACAUUUUACUGGAAACAUUUUCUUUGCCUCAUGUUUAAAGCGUACUUUAUGCUACAAUAUUUAGCAUACCAUUUAAUGCUGGAGAAGUGUCCAUAUUGGAAAUUCACUGAGCUUUUACUUUUUAUUUAAAAAAUAAAUAAAUAAAUAAUUGUUUUAUCCAAACAAAUUCCCCUUAAAAUUGUUCUUAGAUACCUCAUUAUGUUUUAAAAAGGGCAUGUUCCUACAGACAGGGUUUCAAACAACAGCGAAAAGCACAUGAAAAGCAUUGAACAUUCCGCUUCAAAACACGCAGAAUUCGAUCCCAGUGAAUCGAAGGACCAAAACGUUGUUCUUGACUCUCAGAACAACAUACUGAGCCACAUAUGUUCUUUUAUCUUUGCUUUAAUUCAGGAUUUGCUUUGGCAAUGUUCACUUUUCUAUUUAUUUUAUUGCAGAUACAGACAAUGUUGAUUCAAUAUUGCCAUAACAAUACUGUAAACUACAUAUGCGUUCCUUAUUUAACAGGAAAAGCGAUUUCCAUUACUAAUGUGAUUUCAGUUCAACUGUGACUUUGGCUGCUCUGUGUUUUGAAGCAUGAUCUGAAUAUUGUUACAGUCGUCAGCUUUAAAUGAAUAUAUUUUCUGUUUCACAUGUAUUAUCACCGUCCAUGAGGAGCUCAGACAGGUUCACGGGACACAUGCUUGUCUUGCUUACUUGAUCGCGAGCCGGCUGCUCUUCUGUGGAAGUUUUGCACCAAAAGAACGGCCCCUUUGUAAGGGACUGAACCCGGACAAAACGAGUCAGUUUUUGCACCGAGGUCAGAAUCAGAAUAAGCUGAUGUAUAUUAAAACAUUGUAACAGUGCUUUAGGUCUAUCUGCCACUACUGCCAUAGCCCAUAAAUAACCUCCCACAGUGUGUAGCUUAGAUCGAAUUCAAGUUCAUUCACAUUGUGUGAUGGGGUUAGACUUUAAGGUAGAGUUCAUAUUGUGUUCAUUUUGUGGAAUGAAUGUAUUGCUUUUCAGUUUAAAGAGUAAAAUAAUUUUACAACAGCCUUUUUCUCUCUCUCUCUCUCUCUCUCUCUCUCUCUCUCUCUCUCUCUCUCUCUCUCUCUCUCUCUGUCGCUCUCUCUUUAUUCCUUGUUUCGCCUUUUCUCUACCUCUUUCCCUUUCUCUGCAGUCUUUCAUGUGCCUCCUCACUUUGCUCUUUGACUCUCAUGCUUUCUCUUCUUUUGAUAAUCCUCGUCUUUCUCUUUUUCUCUAAUGUGCUUUCUCCUCUCUCACUCCCUGCCUUUUUGUCUUGCUCUGUCCUUCUCUUGCUUUCUGUCCUCUUAUUUCUCUCUCUCUCUCUCUCUCUCUCUCUCUCACAGGUGAUAAGGGAGCCCCUUUCAUUUACAAUUCAUAGAAGAAAAAACUCCCAAGUAUAGUUUUCCCACCUCUCCAUCAUUCCUCAUUCAGGCCAACUAAAAAUAAACCAAGAAAGGGAAAAUAUAGUAAUGUUCUCAUUCCAGAAGGCACAUUUUUAUAUUGUGGUUGAGUCUAUGUAUUAUUGAGUGUCUCUCUUUCUCUGUUUUCACUUAUUGAGGCUCAUGUUUCCCCUCUGUAGAAACUCAAAUGAGCUUCAUGAGUGGCAGAGCAAGUCGGCUGUAUUUAAGACUUUGUACAGUCAUUUCUUUGCACAAUUCUCUUUUUUCUUCUAUUUAUAUUAUAUUCGUCAAGCAUGUCUCUGAAUGCCAUGUCCUUAAUACUUCCUUUAAAAGCAGUGUAGUACAUUUUUAUAAUAAAUUGUUUACCUGA